GAAAAUCUGAGAGGGGUCGAUUGAGCUGAAAAUUCGAAAAUUGUUCUAAAGCUGCAAAAUAAUGGAAGGUGGAAGUAACCUGCAUACCCCGGGUAAUUACCCUGGCGGGGAUCGUCAACAGUUUUGCGUUUCAUGGAACUCUCACCAAUCAAAUAUGCAUAGUGCAUUUCCAAAACUUUUAAGUUCUGAGCAAUUUGUUGAUGUUACUUUAGCCUGUGAUGGAGGCUCGAUAAAGUGUCACAAGGUGGUAUUGUCCGCAUGUAGCGAUUAUCUGGAACGUUUGUUGUUAGAAAUACCUUGCACUCAUCCUAUUAUAUUUUUGAGAGAUAUGAGAAUGUGGGAACUUCAAGCUCUAGUAGAGUUUAUGUAUCGCGGAGAAGUAUAUGUGGAGCAACAGCAGCUCGCUAAGUUAAUGCAAGCUGCUGAAGUUUUGCAGGUUCGUGGUUUAUCUACUCAAGGAAAUGAUAGUUCUUCGAGUGAAAGUAAUUCACAACAAUGUGACUCUAAUGUCGCUGUUGCACCAUCUACGACGGUACAGCAAGAUGGAUCUGAUUAUAAAAGCGAGGAAACUCCAUCCGAUGAUGGAACUUCGAAUGCCAACUUUCUAGAGACUACAUCGAUUGCUGCGUCUAGUACGGCAAGCGCUCCAUCGCAUAGUACUACACCGGUUCCGCAGAAUCCCAAUUCAUCAAAUUUUAUGAAUAUGGAGCAUAGCGAGGCGUUACAGCAUUUGGAAAAAGCACUUAGCGCUUGCGAAGCGACUUUAACUGAGACUCAGGGGAUGGUUAAAAUGGAGCCAGAUGAGCAAUUUACCCAGCAGCAUGAUGUCAAGCCAUACUCUAUUAGUAUGGUACCGAGCAGCAAUUGUAAUCCUAGUAGCCCGUUUCCUGCAAUUGAAGGUUAUCAGAGACGACAAAGACGUUCGGAAGAAGAAUUGAAGCAAGCUUCGGAUAUGGUAGCACGUGGUAUGACAUUUCAAGUUGCUUCGGAAAAGUACAAAAUUCCGAUAAGUACGAUUCGAUUUUAUAUGGUUAGAAAAGGUAUAUUGCAAAGGCGAAAACGCGGUCGUGGUUCAAGUAAUCUUGGCAUGAAUAGUCAACCGGGAAGUCCUGCGAGCCCGCCAUAUCAUAUGAUGAACUAUCGUUUGCCAGAAAGCCUAAACUCCAGCCUACCGUAGUGCCGUACGAAAAGUAGCGGGUUUUUAGACUUGAGUUGAAUCGAACAAAUUUUUUAUUGCCACGUCGGAGCUGUUCCAGACUGUCAUUCUUCCCAUCUUUAUUGACUCACACUGAGUUAUCCGUUUCUCGUUUAAAUAUUCACGACUCGCGCUUACGCAUGUCCAGCGCGAGUGCGUUUUCGUCGAAUUACUCGUUAUUCUAUACACAUUUAUUGCAUUUACAGAAGAUAGUAAUUUAAUAGAAAAUAAUUGACAAUGUGUACGUAUCGUACAUGAUAGGCAUGAUUUUAGUCUCGAACAGCUCGGCUCCGUGUACAUAAGCACCAUGCGCGAAUUUUCGAACGUAGCAUCGAAAUGAAAGAGACGUGAGAGAGGGGGAGAGAGUGAGAGAG